AUGGCUGACAGCCGGACGCUUUAUUUGAGUUCAAUGUGGUCACUGGAGGACCAAGGGAUUUUAGAAUUCCGAGACAAGCUCAAGAAGCUGAAUCCUGGUGCUUCGAUCAAGGUCCAAUAUCAACCUGAUAAACAUUUCCUGGUUGUCACUGGUCAGUUCGAUGAUGAAUUCGAUGUCGAAAUUACAUCGCUGCUUGCAACUUAUAUCGAAGAGCACCGCAAUGAUGAUCUACUUGAGAUGCCGAGAGUUCGACAACUUCCGAUCUCGACCUACUUCGAUCCAAAUCCCCUUCUUAGCUACGCAAGCGAUGCGCAGCCAGGGGUGGAAACUCUAGUGGAGGAAGUUAUGCCGACACAGCCCACUAGCGAUGGACCCGUUGUCAAGUUUUGGUAUCCCUCGCAGGUGGGAAUUGGUCCUAUCUCUCAUGACUCGGGCCCUCUCUUACGUCGAAUUUCCGAAAUGACAGGAACACAAAUUACAGUACAGGGAGCCCGUGGGCUCCAUAUUUCUGCACAACAGAUGGACAACAUCGAGGAGGCAAUGGAUAUACUCGACUCCCUUGAAGAGUGCUUGGACCUCAUUGAGAACCCAAACCGAGGGCCGAUCAUACUUGCUCCAAAACGAGAAAACGCUACCUUUCGCGUCAUGACAUAUGCACAGAUCAGUGCCACUGCCUUGUGGCGUAUUUUAAUCGACCGAAAUGCCUCUCUUCGUCUCCAAAAGAUAAUGACUCUGGUGGUUUGUGAAUUCGACGAGCUCGCUAACGAAUUCCGUCCACUCCGCAAACUUCGACAGCCGCCGCAAGCCCGAAACAUGACCCCCCUCCUAGCAGAGAUUGAUCGGCAUCUCCCACCUAAAAGUGAGACCUCUCCCGAGAGGAGCGAUGCUCAGCACCCGUAUCUGUCUACUGGGAAGGCAAAAGAUGUCGACAAAUGGAUCUCGCGGGGUGUCUGUAAACGGCCUUUGGCAACGGACAGUCGCACAAAAACACUACUACGAGAUGAGCCCAGCUCCCCUGAGAUUGUUGAGCCCAGGCCUCCACCUGAGUCCAGCGUUUCUGCGCCACGGGACCAGAGACAGUCCGGCCCGCUCAAGCCCAAUCCUGCAGGCGUCAAAAGACGUGUGGUUAUGCGACCAGAUGGAACUGUAGUGCCCUCUAGCCAACUUCGGCAAGAGAAGCCAACAGCCACCCCUCGUGGCCCAAUUACCUCCCUGUUUAGCAGACUCAGCUAUAGGGAGCGAAUGAGGGAGCAACAGGUAGCCGGUUCGUCUGUCUCAGCCCCUCAACAAAGAGCCGCCAGUCUUGUUGGCAGCGCGGCUGACUCCACUCCUCCCAAUGCAGGUUCUAAGCAAUCGGAAACAAGGUCUAAGGCAACCUGUUCUGUGGCCUCUACCUAUCCUGCCUCUACCCAGGAACCGAAAUCACUUGCCACCCGGCGUCUCCCAGUUCUGUCCACUCAUCCGGGUACAACGCUCAAACAGCCAGAAGACAAGUCAGAUGCAGCUGAUUUGGCUAUCCCCUCAGCGAACAAAGAAGAGAAGCCGACUAAGACUCUGUACCAACCAAUUCACUCUAGUUCUCCAAGAGUCGACAGGUCUCAGCCUCUCGGCAUACUCUACGCAGUGGAUUCACAGGUGAAUACAACACAAGGGCGAAGUGUCGAUUCAGUUAUGGGGGAGAUAAGGCUAAUUCUUGAGACGGCUGGGACCUCGAAGGAAACUCGAAUGGAGGAAGCUUCCAGCAAGCCAAAAAUAAAAGAUCAAAAACACUCAAGCACCACAUCCACUCAGCUGGAUCUCAACAAAGAGGACACAGAAGACAUCAGCCCCCUCAUUGAUCUUGGUUGCGAAGUGAAGAGCCUGGAUAGUGAUUUCAAACACAUUGCUGCAUUCAAUCCGCCAGCUACAAUCCCAUCAAACGGCCCGGAGCAGUUUAUCGAUGUUCAACAUGACCAAUUCCAGUAUGGCGAGGCUACCACUUUUACUCAAACUGAUGAUAUUUUCGAUACGCCCAAUAUCGAUGAUACAACUACGCAGCCUCGGCUAACUCAGAGCAUCUCUCCUUGUCCUGAGUCAACCCAAGAUUCGAUGAUUCUCCGGGAAACAACUCCAGCCUUUGCUACUAGCGAGCCUGCUCAAUUAGGGCUUGCUACAGAUGUGCCAUUGCCUGAUUCAGAGGCUUCUGGCUCUUUUAAUGAGAAUGACCUGUCUGAAGACGAACGGAAACCUGAAAAGGCUCCUAAAUUCCGCAGCAAGGCCGAUGAAGUAGCAUUAGAAUAUCUGCUCCAGCAGAUCAAGGACAAUCCUGCCCCAGAAAUUCCUAGCAUUGAGGAAAUUUCGAUGCCCCUUGAUGCUAGCCUACUUGAUCCUACGCCUCAAGCUCUGCCAUCUACCUCGCGUCACAUUGCUCCAAAUGGCAGUAUUCAGCAAAGCCAAACCUCUGGUUGGGGGUUUGAGGAAGUGCCGUUUCUUCACCCAGAUCUCAUUGAUAUCUCGCCUCAGAUGCCUUCUCCUCGCUCGAGUAUUGUCUCUUCGCAACAAUCCGACGCCAAACGCGAGGAGCAAGAUACGGAAACAGAAGUUGGCGAAAAUCUGGCUGCGACAGAUGAGACUCAGACAAGAGAAUUCCGCGAGACAAUGUUCCAUCAGCAGCCUCCCGACGGGACUUUUCAUUGGGUGGAUGAGGAGACCAAAGUAGUGAAAAGGGCAAAGACUGAAGUCCACACUGCUAAUACCCGGGGGCGAAAGGGAAACACUGAAACCAAUGCAGAGAACAAAGGAAAGGUUCAAGUCCCCAUCAUAAAUUUCUGGUGCCGAAGAACAGUAUCUAAAUCAACACAAGCACAGCGACUAAAAAGCAUUGCUUUCCCCACAAAGGCGGUUGUGAAGUCACCAAAAGAAAAGAAGCUCGCUCAUGACUCAACAGAGUCUCUGUUUCGCUUCCUUCAACCCAUUCUUGAUGCAGUCCGCAGCUUUCCCGGAACAUUGAGUCUUCAAUUCCAGUUCGGUCUUAUGUUCAUGCCCAGUCUGCCAGCUUCAACAAAAGAACGGGAGAUGAGCUACAGGGAGGUUCACCAGCUGUUCUUCUCUAAGAACAACUUGACACCGCCUCCAACCUCGUUCUUUGAGCGCUUGACUUCGUCUCCUGUGGACAUCGACUACCUCAUCGAUUUGGAGACCGACCAAUCUCGUCUGUUCGACCAAAAGUACAGCCACCGAGGCGUAAAGUACGAGUUCUGGUGCCGCGUCGGUCCGAACAGAACCAUUGUUAUCUCGGUUAAUGAAUAUGGGAAUGCUAUGAUUCGGUAUCCUGAGGUCUCCCUAGGCACGGUGCACUUGAGUUUUCCCUCGCAAGUCUGGGAUGCAGCUGCUAGGGUACAAGGUUUUAUCGAAUACAUUACGGGUGCUGACCCGGAGCUUGACGAAGCUGCACGAACAAUGGCGAAAAGCAUCAGGGUAGAACCAAACAGCAAACAUCUCCGUAUGCUCGUCCAUCUUCCGCCUGCUUCAAAGAUCAAAAUCGAAAAGGUAUUCAUGGAGCGGUGGAGCCGUCACUCUUACCGCUCGGAAAGGAGUAAGGACUUGUUUCUCCAAAUCAGCGAAACCCAAGAACUCCUUGCCACCCCUUCUAUCCUCGAUCCAGGUAUCAUGGUUUUGCAAAACGCCCCGCAUGAGAAAAUGGUCAAGGAUGGAAAACAGUGGUGGCAGGCCUCCAUUGUCAGCAGCAAAGUGGACGACAUCAUGAAAUCAAAUUCCUUCCUUGAACCCGGUGAUCGCAAUGAGUCCUGGUGUGCGACAGAUCUCCUCGGUGCAGAUAUUACGCACACCGUUCCCUCUACUGCGAACCAGGAGCUGAGUACCCUCGGAGCUGAAGUCGGUUAUUCGGGAAUUGGAGCAAUGUUCCAACUUGCCAAAACUGUCGUGCAGAAAAUCGAUGCUGUCGGCUACUGGAACAGAGGUCCUGCCAGUCUUGAGAGGCGUACUAACACAUCGAAUGACCGCAGUCAGGGUGGUACCGGUACGGUCAAGGGCUCAUCUGCUUACCUGGGAAAGCAAUUAGUGCCUUGGGCUCCGCCGGCUGGGAUCAAGGAAAAGCACAAGUGGUGA